CGGGGAGUGUCGUCGACGGAUGGAGACAACGAAGCUCUCGCCCGUCGGAGUCUCGAUUAAGCAAGCAGAAAGCAUCUAGCCCUAAAUUCGGCCGAAACGACGCAAAUCCGGGCUCUAUCCGCAAACAUUGCGCUUUGCUCGAGGUUAUCGUCUGCUCGUCGCGCAUUGCUCAUCGUCCAUCGCUCAUCGCUAUUUGCUUGUGAAAUUGCUUUUCCUGCCGCUGUUUGAUAUCGGCUCCUGUGACAGUGUUCUCAUUCGCCCGCGAAGAUGAUCUAUGAUGCGAAUUCCGCUCUUUUCCGAUCCUUCUUGAGUCAGAAGGGUGGUGCCGCCGACAAGAGGAAGUCGGAAGAGCACAAGCCAAACACUCAGAAGCCCAAGGCCAACGAGAACAAGCCCGUAAUGAAUGAAUAGUUUUCAGAAGGAUUAGGGUUGGUCCUUCUGAAAAAUCAGCAUGUAGCUGGACGAUUUCCGUCGAGCACGGUAUGCGGCACAAUCCGAGCUCAAUCCGAGCUAGGAGACUAGGCUCAAUCCGAGCGACUCACAUUAAGGUCUAGUCUCGUGGAAACUUCUCAAUGUCUGUAGGACUUCUAAGCUUACUGUAAAGGUGAGAAGUAUUUUUGGGUAUCUGGAUUAUAUUAUUGCCACUCCGAAAGCUUACUGUAACAUUUGGACGGCAAGAUAUAGCCCGAGAGAAUCACUCACGACGCGAAAUUUCUUCACAACGACAAUGUUCUCUAUUGCACUCCUGUUGUUAUAUAUCUGAUCCACCACAGAAGCUUUCACUCUUUUUGGGAUCUUGGAAUUCUAUUAUUGUGCUUUCUUGCUCGUGCAGUUCUGGGGGCCCUUCAGUCAAUAUAGUCCGUCAGUGCAGCCGUAACAACACACAUGCCAGUCACUGCAUGAAGUGAAGUGUCAGUCUGUUGUGAAAGUUAUUUUUUCCCCUGAAGGCUAUUCGAAGUAUUCGUUUCCUUUGGCUCUGUGUUUAUAUCAGAGAAAUGUCACCUUAGGUGUCCGAU